CCCGAGUGUCUCAACGCCUCUCUCCUCGGAGGGGUCCUCCGCAGAGCGAAAUCAAAAAACGGGGGUCGCUGUUUAAGGGAAAGGUUGGAGAAAAUCGGGCUAAAUCUCCCUGCGGGCAGGCGCAAAGCUGCCAACGUCACCCUGCUGACGUCCCUCGUGGAAGGUGAAGCCGUUCACCUGGCUCGGGAUUUUGGGUACGUGUGUGAAACGGAGUUCCCGGCCAAGGCGGCGGCAGAGUACCUGUGCCGACAGCACUCGGACCCCACGGAGCUCCACACCAGGAAAAACAUGCUGCUGGCUACCAAGCAAAUCUGUAAAGAGUUUGCGGAUCUGAUAGCCCAGGACCGCUCGCCGCUGGGGAACAGCCGCCCCUCGCUCAUCCUGGAGCCCGGCGUGCAGAGCUGUUUGACUCAUUUCAGUUUGAUAACCCACGGCUUCGGGGGCCCGGCCAUCUGCGCGGCGCUGACGGCUUUCCAGAAUUACCUGCUGGAGUCGCUGAAGGGGCUGGAUAAAAUGUUUCUGAACAGCACGGGCAACGGGCACGCAGCCGCGGACUCCAAAGGCUCCGAAAAAGACGUGAAGCACCGGAAAUAA